AUGUGUGCCCCAGGCGUCCCGGAGGCUGAGCCGGAGCAGCCUGCUGUGAACGUGCUGCCUGGAGCGAGUCGGCAUCGAGGCAUCACUGUUGCAGUCCCAAAGCGAGGGCGGCCGGGGGCCGACGACACGCACAGCUUCAAGCGCCUGGAUUACGUUCUCAGUGCCGACAAGGACCAGGAGGCGGUGUUCCACGAGCUCCGGGCCAUGUUGCCAUCGGCAAGCCCAGGUGGCUUGGCGGGACCUCCGCAGUCUGCCUGCAUCUUGGCGUACGGCCAAACAGGAUCCGGAAAGACCCACACGAUGCACGGAGGACCCACGGACCAGCGGGGCCUGGUGCCCCGCGUGCUCUUCGAAGUCUUCCGUCUGGCUGGCGCCAGUGGCGCCCAAGUCUCCUUGAGCGCGGUGGAGAUCUACAACGACACCGCGUACGACCUGCUGGACGGCGCGUCCACCAGCGCCGGCGAGGCGGCCAACGAAGCAGCCGGCCGCGCCUUCUCGGCCGGGCGCCUGCCGCCUCCGCCGGGCCUGAACUUUAGGCUGGGGUGCCAGUGCGCCCUGGAUCAGGCGACCUCUGUGGAGGUGGGAGAGAUGCAGGAGGCUGAGGCGUUGCUUCUUCAAGCGUCGGAGCGGCGCAGCACUCGCAGCACGUGCUUCAACGCCACCAGCAGCCGCUCGCACAGCCUGGUCUUUGUACACGCAAGUCGGCCGGGUGAUAGCGAGCCCGCCUUGCGCCUGGCCUUUGUCGACCUCGCCGGCUCCGAGCGCCUGCCUGCCGUUGAGGCAGGAGCUGUGGCGGAGGAAAGCCGGCACAUCAACUUGUCGCUUUCGGCGCUGGGCUCCGUAAUUCAUGCCCUGAGGCACCGUGCAAACCACCUGCCGUACCGCGCUUGCCUCCUCACGCGGCUGCUGGAGCCAUUCUUUAAGGCCAGCGGCAGAGUGUUGCUUUGCAUCUGCAUCAGCCCCGAGCGGCGGCACGCUCAGGAGACCCUGUGCUCCAUGGCCUUUGCGGACCGCGCCAGCCGCGCCACGCUGGGGGCGGAGAGUGCCCAGGAGGUUCAACGGGGGCAAGCGCUUGCUGCAGUGCGAGAGCUGCAUGUGGUGCUUCGGAUGGUGAUCAGGGACCUCAUGCCGCAGUCUAUUGGCAUGCGGAACACCACCCGCCUUCCGGACUGGAUUGCGGCAGAGGUAUUGGCCUACAUGCCCGAGCAUGGGGGCGCCAUGUUCGUAUGCCGGGCCUGGGCGGAGCUUUGCGUGAACCACAAGUGGUGGGGCCGGGAGUUCCGUCGAUCCCCAAAGCUGGCCACCAGCGUCUUGAAGUUCCUGGGCUCCACCAUGGAGGCCGCCGGGGUCUGCAAGACCUGGUGGCAAGCCAGUGGCUGCUACCGCGUGACCAUGGACGCCGGUGCGGUGAAGGUCAUGGAGGCUUCGCUCCGGUGA